AUGUUUUUAUUAAUAUUUACUGCCGUAAUUCUUGGAUUUUUGUUUUAUGAACUUUAUUGGAAGCGGAGGAAUUUGCCACCAGGCCCAAUUCCACUACCAUUCAUCGGCAACUUGCUGGAGGUUAUGCGAAACGAGCCCGGCUAUGAGGCUUAUAGGAAAUGGACAAACCAAUACGGACCAGUCCACACUUAUUGGCUAGGUUCUCGGCCAAUGGUUGCCGUGUCGGACUACGCUACGAUACAAGCAACCUUUAUCCAGGAUGCCGACAAAUACGCCGGUCGAUUUAAUAAUUUGGAGAUGACGAAAAUGUAUCGAGGAGGCAACUACGGUGUCGUCGAGACGGCGGGGGGAUUUGUGGAGGGACCAGAGGCGGUGAGAAGAGUUGCAAAAUUAUUAAAUUUGGUUUUUAGCUUUACUCUGCAUACUCUUCGAGAUUUCGGAAUGGGCAAAAAUAUCAUGGAGGAGCGGGUAAUGCUUGAGGUGGAGUACCUUUUGGAGCGCCUGGAAAAGCAGGUGGAUAGCUUCGAAAUGCAGAAAGAAUUCGACAUCUCCGUUGGCUCCAUCAUUAACAAUAUACUUUUCGGGUAUCGGUAUGACGAGGACAAACUCGAGGAGUUCUUCUUUGUCAAAGGCUCCAUUUCACAGCAAAUGAAGGAGUUCAUGAACCCAAAGCUUUUCUUGCUGAUUUUGUAUCCAUGGCUACGGUAUUUGCCGUAUUUUAAUACGGCGUGCCAGCGUCUUUUUGGGUAUCGCGACUUGCUGUUCAACUACUUCCGGAAGCAGAUCGCGACUAAAGAAAAGGAGUACGAUUUGGAUGAGGAGCCGAAUGACUUCGUGGAAUGCUUCCUGAAAGAACGCUCGAAGCGGAAAGGCACGGAAUCGGAGGAGUUUUAUAGUGAAAUGCAACUCCUCAACCUUGUGUUUGACCUAUGGGUGGCUGGUAUGGAAACCACCGCAAAUACCCUCACCUGGGGCGUAUGCUAUAUCGUGAACCACCCCGAGGUCCAGAAAAAGAUCUACCAGGAGCUCGAUGAAAAGAUCAAAUCGGACCGGAGGGUGGAGAUGAGCGACAAGAAUAGCCUGCCGUAUUUGAAUGCUGUGAUAUGCGAAGUGCAACGCCUCUGCAACCUACUACCUCAAAACCUAUUCCACGCUACUACAGAGGACGUCGUCAUUAAUGGCUAUUCACUCCCCAAAGGCACUUCCAUAGUUCCACAGAUUUCUUGUGUGAUGUAUGAUGAAAAGCACUUCCCCGAGCCCUAUAAAUUCGAUCCAUCUCGAUUCCUAAAUGCCGACGGGUCCUUCAGAAGACGUGAAGAAUUGAUUCCGUUUUCUAUCGGAAAACGACAAUGUGUUGGGGAGGGGCUGGCAAGGAUCGAGUUGUUCCUCUUCCUCGCCAAUUUAUUCCAUCGGUUUGAGAUCACGGCUUCUGAAAAGCCGAGCAUGAAGAAAACGUUCGGGCAGACGGUCCAAGCAGCACCGUAUCGCAUUUUUGCCAAGAAUCGCUUCGCCCAAAGGCAU